AUGAAUAAUUACCAUAUCUACGAAGACAUUGGUUCUGGGAAGUACUCAACUGUUUAUAAGGGACGUAAGAAAAAGACCAUCGAAUAUGUGGCAGUCAAAUCCGUUGAAAAAUCGCGUAGAAAGAAGGUCCUCAACGAGGUUAGAGUCCUGCAUAAUUUUUGGGGCAAGAAGUCUAACUAUCAACACUUGAAGAACCGCCAUAUUCUCAAGUUUCAUGGAUGGUAUGAGACAAAGAACCAUCUCUGGAUUAUCUUUGAGUAUUGUGCUGGAGGUGACCUGUUUUUCCUAUUGAACAAAGACAAAAAGCUCCCAGAGACAAGCGUCAGGAGGUUCGGAAGAGACCUUGCAGAAGCUCUUUACUAUCUACACUCGAACUCUGUCAUCUAUGCAGAUUUAAAACCUUCUAAUGUGUUGCUUAAUGAAUUCGGCAUGCUAAAACUAUGAGAUUUCGGCUUAGCUAAGAAAAUUCUUGAUCUUAAUCAAGUGGAGAAUGAAACCCACAAGCCGAAAAGCGGGACUCCGUACUAUAUGGCUCCUGAACUGUUCCAAGACGGAGGCGUUUACAGUUUCGCUAGUGAUUUUUGGUCACUCGGAUGAGUCCUUUAUGAAUUAGCCACAGGCAAACCCCCGUUCUCAGCUGGAGGCUUAAGAGAACUUAUAAACGAAAUUCUGGAAUCAUCAUUUGAAAAAGUAGAAGGAUUCAGCCCAGAAUUCCAAGACUUGUUGGAAAAAUUACUUGAAAAAGAUCCACUGAGGAGAAUUUCUUGGGAUCAGCUUCGGAAGCAUCCAUUCUGGGAAGAAGAAUUGCCUAAAAGGUCUCUUCCAAGGCAGCCACAGUUUGACAAUUACGUGAAAUCCAAAGGUCUGGUUCCUGAUGAGUUUUACAAGCAGCAGGAGAAGAACUCAUAUUUCAUUCCACUAAUCGAACCGGGUUCAAAAAAGAAGAAAGUGGAUAUUACAAGGCUAUCCAUUACUGCUAAGAGAAACCUCAUGGAGGCAGAGGACAACUAUGAAAAUGAAAAACUUAAAGAAACUGAUGUAGAAGAUGAUUUCCAAAUCGGCAGAGACCAAGAACUUGAUUUUAGUGAGAAAACUAAAGAAACUAGGAAGACCAAAACUAAAGGUCAAGAUGAAGAGGAAAAGAAGGCAGGUGGUGUGUCUGGGAAAAAGAAAAGGAAAUCAAAAAUCCCUGUCACUAAAGAGAUUACUCAGGACCAUGUCAAUAAAUUCACAGCUGGAAAGAAAAUGAAGGCUAAUCGAGCUGAUUUCAAAAUGGAUAAUUCCAAAACUGAUUCAAAUGAAAAAUCAGGAGCGAGAGAAAAAAUGCUGAAUAACAAGCUUCAGAUCAAAACAGUAGACCAGUUGUUGCUUCAUAAUACUGACACUUCAGUGAAACCUAUUAUUGGGAAGGAGGUGGAAGAACUUCCGGAAUUAGAGUAUAACAAAACAUUAUUACCCUUCGAACCAUUAUCUCCAGAGGAAGUGUCUAAAUAACUCUGAGGGGAGAGACAUUGAAGACUUCUUUACAGAGGUGUACAAGUCUCUGUCAGGGUCAGGAGUCACUAAGGAGAAGAUUAAUAGUCUGACAUACUUAGAAUCUUUGAUCACAAACAGUAGUACAGCGAACAGGUUAAUCAACAGUGCCUUCGUGUCAUUGUUGCUUAGGAUGAUGCAUACAGUUAAGUCCCCUCAGAUAAGAAUGAGGCUUUGCUCCAUAUUAGGUCAGCUGAUCAGACACGCCACCGUAAUACAGAAUAGUUUAGCUCAAAGUGAUAUCUGAAAGUCUCUCUGUGAUGCUGCUGUCAAGCAGAAUGAGCAAGUAAGACGUCGUGCUGUAGCAGCAUUAGGCGAGUAUCUUUUCUAUGCUGCAACUCAAAUGGACGAGGAGAAUGAAGAUUCUAAGUACUGGGAAAUCGAUUCUGAAGCAGUUAAAACAAUUGGUAAACAGCUCUCUAAUGAUUGUGAUGAGAUUACCAGGUAUUAUGCAGUCAAAACUAUUGAGAAUAUCACUGCCCAAUCAAUGAAGGCAGGUCUCUUAUUCUCUAAAGAGGAGUUUGCUUUGUCUCUGCUGGAGAUUUAUAACACUACUGAAAAUGAAGGUCUUAAAAUUUCUGCAGCAGUGUCAAUCUCCCAUAUAUGUAAGAUUAACAAUAGUAUUUUUAUGAUCGUAUUCGAAGAGAUGACUUGUCAGAAUUAUUGUACUUUAUUACUGGAAGGUCCUCAAAGAGUCCAGCAAGCCUUCAUCACUAUGCUGAACAUUGCUCUGACAGGCACAUCCAAUAACCUGAACUACAUUCUGAUGGAAGAGCCUAGGUUUAAAGAAGCUAUGAGCAAUAUGUUGGAGAAUUCGAAUCCGGUGAUCAAGGGUAAGUCUAUCCUUACCAUUCUACUGCUGUUUAAAAUGGAUCCUCACUGGAUGGUUCUCGUUGAUGAGUUCAAGUUCUACACCAUCUGAGACAGGAUGUCUAAGGAUUAUUCUAAAUAUAUCCAGUACUGCUGCUUAUGCUUGAUUGACGGAAUCCAUGAUUUAAUUUCAAAGAUUGUGUCAAAUAUCAGAGCAGACUUCGACAGAUAUCUUGAUGAUAGAGAUUGCUUCGCUUCUGAGAAACAGACAAUCCUUUCUAAAACAAUGAAGGAAGCCAAGAAGAAGAUCAAGACUGCUAAGGCUACCAACCUUCAUGGCUAUAUGGUUCAAAUCGUAGCGAUAUCAGAUCUGCUGAAGUCUCACCUUUUCAAGAACAAGAUCAUUUCUAAGGACGUGAUUGUUCUUAUAGGAUACAUUCUGAAUAACUCUGGGACGAAAGAAGAUGACGAUACCAUUCAGGAGUUGAAGACUUAUACUCUCCUGAUUCUGGAGCAAGUAUGCAAGAAUACGAAAGUGACUCUCAACUUUAGCAAAAUAAUUGUGGAUCAUAUCCUGCCUGCACUGGUGAGCAAGAUCCAAGACUCAGAUAAUGAGACUAAACUUCUUUGCCUCAAAGCAUUGACUGACUUAAUAACUAAGUAUCUAAGAGAUGAUAAGAUAUAUGAUGCUGAUGGGACUCAGGAAACAACAAAGAAGAUCAAUGAGGUUAUUCUAAAGAGGCUCUUCCCUCACUAUGGAAGCAUCCUCUCAGAUGAUGGCUACUUACCACAGUUUGGUCUUAAGCUUCUCUGUGCUAUUGUGGAAACGAACUCUGCAUUUGUAACUAUUCUGAAGAAGCUGAAGCUAGUGGAUAUAAUGAUGGAAUACUUCUCUGAAGAUCACCCCAGAUUUAACGGCCAUCUUAUCAAGAUUGUUUGUGGAAUUGUGGAGAGCAAGGAGCUUAAGCUAGAGGACCUCCAGGAGUACAACCUAGUCAGCAGAUUGAAUAAGGUGCUUAGCGGAGUCAUUGACAAUGAAUCACAGAACUAUCUUGACCCAUUACUUGACAUUGUCUACGAGCUGCUUCAUUAUAUAGCAGAGACAAUGAGAGAGCCAGACACAGAUGUAGCACAAUCAACGUUUAAAGGACUUGUUAACGAAAACUUUGAGAUGUGAGUAAAGCUUUUAGGGUUCCCCCAUCUUGCUAUCGUAGAGAAGGCGAGCCAGAAUUUGAUCGGAUUCAUCCAGAUUUCUACCAUGACCACUACAAGUGAGUGUAAGGUAUGCUUCUACUCAAGACAUUUGGACUCAAUGUUCAAAGCCUUAUCUCAUAAAAAGGCAACUGUGAAUAAGAGAGUCUUGAAAUGUAUCUUCUGGGGGCUUAACCAGCAAACUGCCGUUUUGUCCCUGACCCCUUCUGAAAAGAAAGAGUUAAAUAAAGUUUGUGAAGAGUGUGCCAGAUCCGAUGAUCCAGGCUUACAAGUCACUGCAAAUGAGAUUUUGAAGAUGAAAUUAUAGCUAUCAGAAUAAUUUUCAAUAAUACUGAGC